AUUAAAACUUAAUUAUAGAAUAAAAUUUUAUACAAUCCAUUUUAAAGUUUUUCAAAAACCAAAAAUAAAAGACACCAAGGUGGCAGCGACAUAUCAUAAGACCCAAGUUUGGGAACUAAGAUUAACGAAUGACGGACAAAGAUAUUUCGUUAAAUCGCUGGAUACCGUUGGUGUUAUUAACAUCUGGAAAGAGGAGCGAAGUACAAUGGACAUUAUGGUGGAAGGGCCGCAGUCCAGCCAGGUGGCUUGUAUGUUGCACGAGAGAGAAAUUCCUUAUGCCGUAGCCAUUGGAGAUCUUCGUACUAUGUUGGAAAAAGAGCAAGAUGCUAUUAAAAAAGCUAGACGCAACUCUGAAAUAAGUCGUGCGAUGGAUUGGAAAAGUUAUCACCGUCUCGAUGUGAUUUACGCAUUUAUGGACGAACUGGCUUCGCUGUAUCCGUAUUUGUGUUCAGUGAAUGUUAUCGGCAAGUCGGUCGAAGGAAGAGAUUUACGGAUGUUGAAAAUAUCCAAUGGCGAUAGUGAAAACACAGGAGUUUGGGUUGACGGAUCGAUCCAUCCGCGUGAAUGGAUCAGUGCGGCAGUAGUGACGUACAUCGCAGACCAGCUUGUCAGAACGUUCCACGAACAACCUGAGAGCAUCACUAAUAAGGAUUGGUACAUGCUUCCAGUUUUAAAUCCAGACGGUUAUGAAUACACUCACACACACGACCGUAUGUGGCGUAAGAACAGAGCGCGAUAUGGAGAAUGUGUGGGUGUUGAUCUCAAUAGAAAUUUUAGUUACGGUUGGGGCGAAAGGGGUGAAGAAGGUUCAUCAGAAGAUCCUGGUAAUAUUUUUUACAGGGGUCCAAAACCAUUUUCAGAACCUGAAACAGCGGCUCUUAAACGAGUAAUACUAGAUUCGAAGGCAAAUUUUAAAGUAUUUUUAUCGCUACAUAGUUAUGGAGAAGUUAUAAUAUUUCCUUGGGGAUAUACAGGCGAUCCUUGUCCUGAUUAUGUAGAAUUGCUUGAAGGGGGAACAGUUAUGGCUAAGGCUAUAUUCAGUAGUGGUGGACAUACAUACAAAGUGGGCAGCACGAAGGACCUCAUGUACUACGCUGCUGGUACCAGCACUGACUGGAGCUACGCUGUGGCGAAUAUCCUUUACUCCUACAUGAUCGAACUCCGAGGAAAAACACACAGAUUUCUCCUACCAAAAGAAGAAAUAAUGUCUACAGCCAAUGAAGUCAUGAGUGGUGUUUUUAGAUUAAUGGAUUUUGUUGAUAGACGAUGUCAAAGUACACAGUCGUGUGUGUGUCCAAAAUCAUAGUAAUUACCACAAAAUAGAUGAAGCAAUUAUGUAAUCAAAUCAAGAGGGGAAACUAUAAAUAAAUCAAUACGUAUUUUUUU